AUGGAAGCAUGUGCUGCAGGGAACGUGCGUAGCGUGAAGUGCCUUCUCGACCUUGGUGCUGAUGUCAAUGCAUACUCUAUUUCUCAGAACACACCGUUAAUUUAUGCCGCCGCUGCUGGACAAGAAAAGGUUGUACGUAUGUUGAUCGAACAAAAGUGUAAUCUGGAUCUUCGUAAUGAAAAUGGACAUUGUGCUUUGAUGGAGGCUGCGAGCGCAGGUCAUCUCAACAUUGUGAAACUCCUUAUUCACUCAGGAGCGAAAGCCGUCUUUGUGAAUAUGAACAGCGAAUUUAAGGAAUCACCCUUAACUCUGGCUGCCUAUAAGGGUUACACGGAUGUGAUUGAAUAUCUUUUGUCACUGGACGAUUACGAUCAUUCAACUCGUGAUGAAGAAUUGCAUACGGCUCUCAUGGAAGCCGCAAUGGAUGGGCAUCUUGAGGUAGCUCGAGUCUUAAUACAGGCUGGAGCACCCGUUAAUCUAACAAGUGAGGCUUAUGAAAGUCCACUUACACUAUCUUGUUGUGGUGGGCACGCGGAGCUGGCAAAGCUACUAAUCGACGCAGGUGCAAACAUUGAGGAAACUAAUGAUGAAAAUUACACUCCAUUAAUGGAAGCGGCUAGAGAAGGAUAUGUGCAUGUAGUGAAGGUAUUACUUGAAAACGGUGCUGAAGUUAAUGCAACAACAGAUGAGACGAUGGAAACAGCGCUCACAGUUGCCGCGUGUGGUGGAUUUACGUUAGUCGUAUUGUUUACGGACCUACCUGCAGAUCGUUCCGUGAAAUUUCGACAACAGAUGAAUCAAGCUCUUUCGUUAGCAUCUGAGAAUGGUCAUUUUGAUGUUCUGCAGGUGUUGCACUCAAAUGGCGCAGACUUGGUUCGUUUCCAUUUGUAUAAUUUUGAUUACGAUGGACGAACUGCCUUAAUGAAAGCGGCGAAAAAUGGUUUUACCGAAAUAGUGGAAUUUCUGGUUACGAAAGGAGCCGAUGUAAACACUCGGUCCUCAAACGGAGAUGCGACAGCUUUGUCACUGGCCUGUUCUGCAGGUCACAGAGAGAUUGUUAAGCUUUUGCUUAAGUGCGGUGCUGAUCCGAAUAUUGAGCUUAAGUGCGAUUUCUUGUUUUUGAAUUUCCAGGAUGGUGUGACUUGUGUUAUGGAAGCAGCGAGAAAUGGGUUUGUAAACAUAGUAGAGAUGAUGCUCGAUCAUAGCGGCGUUUUUCCUCAACCACCACGACCAGUAGCUGGUGGAGUUUUGCCUCAAAUGGACAAAGGAAGUCCGCCUAUACCACCUCCACCACCACCAACUCCCACGGCCUCCGUAAAGGUGACUGUGUUCAAUUUGGCUUCGUACCAUUUUUCUAACACCUCUGCACUAACAUGGUUCGCUUCAUUAUUCUCUGGUUUAGGUGAUGGGAAUACACCGGCAUUUCCUUCUCCCGGCAGCGGUUGUUCCGUGCAGCCAACAGCUACAUCAUCAAUUUCUGCCGCCGAGAUGAAGGCUAGAGUUGAGGCGUUCGAAAUGUUGACGAAGACAUCGCCAUUUCUCAUGCAGUAUCCUCCUAAUAUGCCAAUGGUCAAUCCUUUCGAUCCUCAAGCACCAGUGCCUGGAACAGGUCUGAAUUCGAAUCCACUGACACUUGCCGAUGUCUCGAUUCCUGCAAUUCACGAGAUGCUGAAUUGCGCUGAUACUAAACAGAACGCGCAGAACUGGAGUGAGUACAUGCGUAAGCGAUUUGCCGUUCAAACUGCGAUGUACGAGUACCUUCCACAGCGUUUGGAAUGCGUAGCUGGCGACAACUUGUCUAUUCCUCGUGCUGCAAGUUUACCUACUCAAUCAUUGUCGGCCCCGAGUACACCUGGUAUGACGCUAGAUAAGUAUCAAACUGUUUCGUUUAGGGCAACAGCUAGUCAACGUGCUGCGUUUAAUGUCGACAAGGCGACGGAAUCAAAUAACGAUACUCCCUUGACGUUAGCUUGUUCUAAUGGUCAUGCUCAAAUGGUUGAUGUUCUAGUUUGUAGAGGUGCCAACAUUGAACAUCGGGAUAAGAAGGGGUUCACACCUCUUAUACUGGCAGCAACGGGUGGACAUCGGGACGUAGUGGAAUUACUUCUCAAUAGCGGAGCUCAAAUUGAAGCACAGUCAGAACGUACGAAGGAUACUGCCCUUUCGCUCGCAUGUUCUGGUGGUCGAAAAGAAGUGGUAGAACUUCUUCUCAGUAGAGGUGCAAAUAAGCUUGGGAUAUCGCCACUAAUGUUGGCAGCUAUGAAUGGUCAUAAGGAGGCAACUCGUGUACUUCUAGAACAAGGCUCUGACAUAAAUGCGCAGAUCGAAACAAACAGGAAUACCGCACUAACUUUGGCUUGCUUCCAAGGACGGACAGAAGUUGUUGGGUUAUUGCUUCAGUACAAUGCGAACGUCGAACAUCGAGCGAAGACUGGUCUUACUCCACUUAUGGAAGCAGCAAAUGGAGGAUAUGUCGAGGUUGGAGAAUUACUUUUGGAUGCGUGCGCUGAUCCUAACACUGCCCCAGUACCCUCGAGUCGUGAUACUGCUCUCACUAUCGCCGCAGACAAGGGUCAUGAACGAUUUGUUGAUAUGUUAGUGAAUCGAGGAGCUCAUAUCGACGCUAGAAAUAAAAAGGUGUACUCAUCGAAUUGCUACAUAGUCGAAAGAAGUUUUUUAUUGUUAUCAGUUGUACUUCAGGGUUGUACUGCACUGUGGUUAGCAUGUCAUGGUGGGCAUCUAGAAACUGUGCAGACGUUGGUCAAACAUGGUGCUGACGUUGACAUGCAAGACAAUCGUAAGAUGUCUCCGUUGAUGGUAGCUUUUCGAAAAGGUCACGUUAAGGUUGGUCUCACGUACAGAGCUAUUAAAAGCAUCUACCUUCAGAAUUUAGUAGUUCAACACAUGGUUCAACACGUACGCCAAUUUCCAGGUGAUCAAGAGUUGUCUCGUUACCUCACAACGAUAAGUGAGGCAGAUCUCCUGCAAAACUGUCGAGAAUGCAUGGACCUUAUUGUAAAGGCAAAGAAUGCCCAAGCUGAGGAAGCGAAUCGUGCUGCUGAAAGUCUUUUAGCACUUCUCGCUGAAGAGGAGGAAGCUGCGCGAUCCAAAAAGCAGGCGAAGAUGCGCAAAAAGGAAAAGAGGAAGGAGAAGAAGGCGAAAAAACAAGAUUUUACAGAAAAGGAGCGUAAUGUUGCGACACCUGCUGAGACACAAACUCGGGUACAGCAGUCUUCACCGAUUAAUCGAGUCAAGGAAGAGAGCGAGAACAACGAUCGUGUCCCCAAAAUGCGUGCUGUUGAAGAACAACUACCUUCUUCGGUUGUUAGUGAGCGCUCCAGCGUCUCCCUCAAUCGGCAGCAGAAGCGGUCGGCUAUUCGUCGCAGCCGUAAUGAAAGUGGAAAAAGUUCAAACGGUCAAACACUAACUCCUCUAAGUAACACUGUUGUUUCUUCAAAAAAUGCUGUUCCGUCGGUUCUCGUUUCAAAAAGUGCUGUGCACGCAGAUGAUUGGGUGAAAGCGAGCAAGAAGUCUAAAGCGUCUCGACGUCGCUCUUCAACACUCAGUGUAGGUAGCAGUGUGAUUGCUCGAGUGAUUGGUCGAGGUGGUGCUAACAUUAAUGCCAUUCGUGAGGCCACUGGUGCAUCCAUUGAAGUGGAGAAACAAUCGGCCACUCUGAAGAAGGCGAAACUGCCGAAACGUCAGCCAUUGUAUCCUAAUGAAUUCUAUAACAACAACCUCGUGUCUGCGUAUUGA